CUGGGUAUAAAAGCUUUGCUGUUGCACAUUGUAGCCAUCAGUGAGUCUUACUAAGUCUUCAAGCAAUCAACAUGAAAUUCUUUGUUCUCUUCGCAUGCCUUUUGGCCGUGGCCUUCGCCAAUGAAGAUGCCGAUGUCCUCAGGUCGGAAUCAGAAGUCAAUCCCGAAGGUUUUAAAUAUGCUUAUGAGUUUAGCAAUAGUAUUAAGGCUGAACAACAAGGAGAUCUGAAGGACGGUGAGGAAUGGGUUGUGAAAGGCGAUUCUAGCUACACUUCCCCUGAAGGAGAGCCAAUCUCAAUCUCAUAUGUGGCUGAUGCUAAUGGUUACCAAGUUAUUAGUGCCAAUCCUCCUCUGCCCACACCUCCUCCAAUCCCAGAAGCCAUUCUGAAGGCAAUUGCUUACAUCGAAGCCCACCCCUCUCAAGAAUAAGUCAAGUUUAUGAAAAAAAUAAAAGUAAAAAAAGCAUUUCUA